CUGCGCGGGGGCGUGGCCAGGUUUGCCCCACCCACCGCGUGUCUGUGUGAAGGAGGGAAGGAGUGGGCUUCAGGGCCUGGGUCGUCGGCCAUGGCUCACCGCUGCCUCUGGUUGACGCGGGGCUGUUGCCGGCGCCCUGCUCCCGCCGGGGCUCAGCUACUGCUCUGGGGCCGAGGCCUGGCAGCCCCUUCCAGCUCCCGAAGACUGCUUCAUGACCAAGUGGCUACCCAAGUUCCUACAAACAGAAAAAAUGAUGAUUUUGUAAAUGUCAUUGCUGCUUAUAGAAGACUGUUCUCCCAACCUCCAAAAGGAUUUGAGAAAUAUUUUCCUGAAGGGAAGAAAACGAAUGACACAAAAGGUUCAGAUGGAGAAACCAAAGAUGUAAAGCAAGCUAAUUCCCAGCGACCUUCUAGGACGAGUAGCAGUGGAGGCAGUGGAAGUGGAGGGAAAAAAGGUGGCAAGAAAGAAGAUACUGGCUGGUGGUCCAGAUUGCAAAAGGGUGACUUUCCUUGGGAUGACAAAGAGUUCCGUUUCUAUUUCAUGGGAACAGCUAUUUUCUGGGCUGCUGUGACAUACUAUUUUUUCUUCAGGAAUUCUGGGAGAGAAAUCACAUGGAAAGACUUUGUCAACAACUAUCUUUCCAAAGGAGUAGUGGACAAGCUAGAAGUGGUGAACAAGCGCUUUGUUAGAGUUGUCUUUACACCAGGAAAGUCACCAAUGGAGGGGCAAUAUGUCUGGUUUAAUAUUGGAAGUGUGGACACCUUUGAGCGGAAUUUGGAAACUGCACAGCUUGAGAUGGGCAUUGAAGGGGAAAAUAGGCUACCUGUAGUGUACUCAGCAGAGAGUGAUGGCUCAUUUCUUCUGAGCAUGUUGCCCACAGUCCUUAUAGUUGGCUUUCUGCUGUAUACGCUAAGAAGAGGCCCGGCAGGAAUGGGCAGGACAGGGCGGGGAAUGGGUGGGCUCUUCAGUGUGGGCGAAACAACAGCCAAAGUCCUAAAGGAUGAGAUUGACGUGAAGUUCAAAGAUGUAGCUGGCUGUGAGGAAGCUAAAUUAGAGAUCAUGGAGUUUGUGAACUUUCUAAAAAAUCCAAAACAGUAUCAAGAUCUUGGAGCCAAGAUCCCAAAGGGAGCUAUUCUGACAGGGCCUCCUGGCACAGGGAAAACUCUCCUAGCGAAAGCAACAGCUGGAGAGGCCAAUGUCCCCUUCAUUACAGUCAAUGGGUCUGAAUUCCUAGAGAUGUUUGUUGGCGUGGGUCCUGCAAGAGUCCGGGAUUUAUUUGUCCUGGCUCGUAAAAACGCCCCUUGCAUUCUGUUCAUUGAUGAAAUAGACGCUGUAGGAAGGAAGAGAGGACGGGGUAACUUUGGAGGGCAGAGUGAACAAGAAAAUACACUCAAUCAACUGUUGGUAGAAAUGGAUGGUUUUAAUACCACAACAAAUGUAGUUAUAUUGGCAGGCACCAAUAGACCAGAUAUCCUAGAUCCUGCACUGAUGAGACCAGGUCGUUUUGAUAGGCAGAUCUUCAUUGGGCCACCAGAUAUCAAGGGCAGAGCAUCUAUUUUCAAAGUUCACCUUAGACCUCUGAAGUUAGAUGCUAGCUUGGAUAGAGAUAAUUUAGCACGAAAACUUGCAUCACUUACACCUGGGUUUUCAGGUGCUGAUAUAGCAAAUGUAUGUAAUGAAGCUGCCUUAAUUGCUGCCAGACAUCUUUCAGAUUCCAUAAACCAAAAGCACUUUGAGCAAGCCAUUGAAAGAGUAAUAGGAGGUUUAGAAAAAAAGACCCAAGUAUUACAACCAGAGGAGAAAAAGACAGUAGCAUAUCAUGAAGCCGGCCAUGCAGUGGCAGGAUGGUUUCUGGAACAUGCUGAUCCACUUCUGAAGGUGUCUAUUAUUCCCCGUGGCAAAGGCCUGGGUUAUGCUCAGUAUUUGCCAAAAGAGCAGUAUUUGUACACCAAAGAGCAGCUGCUUGACAGGAUGUGUAUGACGUUGGGAGGACGCGUGUCAGAGCAAAUCUUCUUUGGAAGGAUUACAACCGGGGCACAAGACGAUCUAAGAAAGGUUACACAGAGCGCAUAUGCUCAGAUUGUUCAAUUCGGAAUGAAUGAAAAAGUAGGACAGAUCUCAUUUGAUCUUCCUCGACAAGGGGACAUGGUGUUAGAAAAGCCAUACAGUGAGUCUACUGCGAGGUUGAUUGAUGAAGAGGUGCGAAUACUUAUUAAUACGGCGUACGAACGGACACUAUCCCUCCUGACUGAAAAGAAAGCAGAGGUUGAAAAGGUUGCUUUGCAACUUCUGGAGAAGGAGGUUUUGGAUAAGAGUGAUAUGGUCAAAAUGCUCGGUCCCAGACCAUUUGCUGAAAAAUCUACCUAUGAGGAGUUUGUUGAAGGCACCGGGAGCUUAGAUGAAGACACCUCCCUUCCAGAAGGCCUUAAAGACUGGAACAAAGACCGUGAAAAGGAGAAAGAGGAGACCACAGAUGAACAGAUUGCGAGACAGAUUACGGGAGACAUGCCUUUUUAGUGCUUGAAAUAGUGGAUUUUGCAUCAAACACUGAAAGAGAUUGGAGACAUACAGUCACAGUCCUCUGCUUUGCAGAAACGGGCAAGGCUGGAGCUAGAAAGGAGGUGGACUUCUUAAGAAUUUGACAUGAGAGUAUUCAUGCUAUUUGUUAAAACUCCUGACAAAAAAUUGGAGCUAUCAUGACUACUACACUUGAGGUCAGUCUAGCUUUGUAACUUCAGUUUCAUAUCCAAACUGUGCAAGUUUGGACCAUUACAAGAUAUGCUUAAGAUGACAGAAUAUCAGUUUAUGAAAGAGCUCAGAAAAAUCACCCGUCUGUGUUAAGCUCCCUCUAUCAGAUGCAAGUUGUUCUGAUACAGGAAGAGCAUUUUUGGCACUUACCAGGAGUCCAAAUAAUGUAUGAAACGCCUUUUCUUCUGUGGGCACUUUUCAUUCACCUAUUUAAAUGUGGCCCUUUUGCCUUGCAGUUAAAAAAACCAAUGUGAUUAUCAGUCAUGAAACUAGGAGAGUUUUUUCCAUUUAUGUUAUAAUGAUGUGUAAAAUCUAAAUUAUAUUAUUGCAGUUUUAAUAAAGUUUUUUUUCUACA